AUGCUGUCAUUUGUUGAGGUCAAACCAGAUUUCGUGUUUUCUCAAUAUGAAAUAUCAAUAAUUAAAUCAAUAUGGAGGUCGCUUGAUUUAAAUAACCCUCUUAAUCUUAAGGAUUUUUAUUAUACAGUCUCAGCUGCUAUUAAUAGUACUGGUACAGUUACCACCAAUGGUGUUGUUAGUCCUAAAAGAGAUAAAUUUACAUCGCUAAUCAUAACUCAACAAGACAUUGCUAACACCAUUAGUGAUUAUCAAGUAGAAGAAUUUAUUGAAGUUGCGACAUCAUUAAUACAUCAUUUAGAAUUUGGUAAAGAAUUUCCUGAAAAUGAACUUGUACAACUUCUGAAACGAAAUCAAAGAAUUUAUAAAAUAUAUUAUAAACAAUAUUUGACACUUGGUAAUAGUCUUAUGGAAGCUAUAGAAGAUUUUACAAAUUUAUUAGUGGGGAAAAGUAAACGGAUAUUUUCUCGAUUUCUUAGUAUUUUACUUAGUGCCAUAUUAUAUUAUAGCAAUGAUAUAUCAUUUGUUGAUACUACCACCACCAACAGCAACAACACCCUUAACAUCAACCUUACUGCUACCCCUACAACUACCCAUAGUAAUGCAUCGAUAUAUUCAGAACUUUCAUAUUCUAUGCUUUCAUUAAAUACUGACAACACAUCAACAUCAGCAGCUACAACGGCUGAAGCAAUUAUUUUAGAAGAGAUUAUUAAACCACCUCAAUUAAUUGAAAUUCAACCAUCGUUACCAUCAGAUAUUGAUGAACAAUCCCAACCAGUACAGAGUACACCAGAAGACGUGGAAUAUGCUGAAGAUGCAACCAUUACUAAUUCCAUAUACACUAAUAAUACUGUUGACAAUGGUGAUGCAAAUAGUGGUUUUUUCGAUAGUUCAUAUGAUUAUCUUAAUUCAUUUGCAAUUUCUCCUGAUAAUGAUGAUGAUGAUGAUGAAUACGAUAAUGGCCAAAGCUUACAUGAGAGAGAGAUUGUUGGUAAGAAACAACAAAAGAAUAAAUCCAAAGUUGUUUAUGAAGAAGAAGAAGAUGAUGACGAUUUUGAUGAUACGAAAAGUAUUGUUUCAACAAUGUCCAAUUUAUCAUCGUUUAAAAAAUGGGGUAUUAUACGUCGUAAGAAAAGUCAUAAAGAUAAAUUCAGAAGUUCCAAAAAAUUCAUUCAUAAAAAUAUAUUGAGAAGUGAAAAGUGA